CGGUCCGUUCCCCCCACCCCACCCGCUUUAUUUUCUCGCCGUCCGCGGGCUCGGGCCCCCCACGCCGCUGCCACCCUGAAGUUUCUGGCGGUGCUGCUGGCGGCGGGCAUGCUGGCUUUCCUGGGGGCCAUCAUCUGCAUCAUCGCCAGCGUCCACCCGGCCGGGACCGCCGCUCCCGCCGCUCCCCCCCCCGCCGCCGCCGACAAUGACUCGGCCGCCGCCGCGCUCCUGCCCGCCGCCGACAAGGGGCUGGGAGCUCUGCACGGCCCCGCCGAGGCUCUGGCCAGCGCCGGGCCUCGUUUACCGGGGGGGCCGCCGCCUCCGCCGCUCUUCAGCCGUUUCGUCUGCACGCCGUUAAGCGCCGAAUGCCCUGUUACCGGCCCCGGUCCCGGUCCCGAAGAGCUGCUGGCGUUGCGGAGCGCGGCGGCCCAGCUGCGCCGUACGGCGCUGGAGCAGAACGAAAGGAUCCGGAUGGAUCAGGAGACCAUCCGGGAGCUCACCGGCAAGCUCAGCCGCUGUGAGGGGGGGCUGCGAACCGCCCCCCCCGCCGCCGGGCUCCGCGCUGCUCCGCGUCCCGGCACUAUGGGUCACCCCCCCGCCGAGCCCCCCGCCGUCCGGGAGCUGGAAGAGGCUGUCCGUGCCCUCCAGAACCGCAUCGACCGGAUCGAGCAGGAGCUGCCAGCCCGCACCAACGGCUCGUCGCCCACCGCCCCAGCGCUCGCCCGCGAUGCCCUCCACACCAAGAUGGAGCAGCUGGAGGAGCAGCUCCUCUCCAAGAUCCUGACCCUGCAGAAGGAGCGCCAGGCCGCCAGCACUGACCACAGCCAGCAGCAGCACGACAUCGAGAAGGAGCUGAACUCCCUCCAGAACCGGGUGAAGGAGCUGGAGCAUGGACCGCCAGGCUACAGCCCUCCUGAUGCCUUCAAGGUGACCAUCCCGGUGCAGAACAACUACAUGUAUGCCCGCAUGAAGAAGAGUCUGCCGGAGCUCUACGCCUUCACCAUCUGCAUGUGGCUGAAGUCCAAGGCCCUGGCGGGGCUCGGCACCCCUUUCUCCUACUCCGUCCCAAGCCAAGCUAAUGAGAUCGUGCUGCUGGAGUGGGGCACCAACCCGCUGGAGCUGCUCAUCAAUGACAAGGUUGCCCAGCUGCCGCUGAGCCUGAAGGACAAGGCCUGGCACCACGUCUGCGUGGCGUGGACCACCCGGGACGGCAAGUGGUCGGCGUACCAGGACGGCGAGCAGCGGGGUGCCGGCGAGAACCUGGCGUCCUGGCAUGCCAUCAAGCCCCAGGGCAUCGUCAUCCUGGGCCAGGAGCAGGACACGCUGGGCGGCCGCUUUGAUGCCACGCAGGCCUUUGUGGGGGAGCUGGCGCAGUUCAGCGUGUGGGACCACAUGCUGGCGCCAGCGGAGAUCCUGGGUUUGGCCAACUGCACCUCCCACCUCCAAGGCAACGUGAUCCAGUGGGACGACCAGGCGGUGGAGGUCUUCGGGGGUGCCAGCAAGGGGGGCUUUGCCGCCUGCGAGGAAGGGAGGAAGGCAUGAGCGACCCCUAGCCCCCUCCCCAGUGCCAAGGAGCCCGGUGGCAGCCCCGAAACAGGGAAGCCCCCUUCUCCCCUCCCAGACCGCCGAGCCUCGCCAUCACGCCAGGGCCAUGCUCAAACCCCCCGCACUGGCGUCCUGGGAGGGAUGGGGGGGCCCCAGCAGCCUCCCUCUUGCUCCUGUGCCAGGGGCACGGCUUGUCCCACCCUCCCGGCACGUCUGCCCUCGGGUCUCGCCUUGCCCCACUUCUGUUUCGGGAGGACCUUGCCGUACCCGCAGGCAUCUCCGGUACGGUGAGGGUCCCUGCCUUAUCAGCCCCAACGGGCAGUGGGAAGGAGCCCUCCCUCCACCCCAAGCGUGGUCCAGCCUCGGUGGGAUGCCAGCGUGUGGGCAUCCCCUGAGCACAUCCCCUUUCCUUAGUUAUUUCCUCUUUCCUUAGUUAUUUCUAGUGCUCCGCUAUCUGGUUUUGUGAGCCCGUACUCCAAAUGAACCCAAAGGCUCGGCUGGGAGCAUCUUCCCCUCCGGCUCCAUCCCCUCUUCUCCUGCCUCCCUGCAGGAAAAGCCCCGGGGAGGGCCGAAGGAGGAUGGCGGAGGGUUGGCAGGGCAGCACAUCCCCCUUCCCCUGCCUCCACUGCCUGUUCGAGCAGGGCUGCCCGAGGGGAGUCAGGCUUUUGAGGCAGAGGGAAGCAGAGCAGGCCCCCCACCCAAACUGGGGGGGGGUCGGUCGGCCGCUGAAGAAACAGGGGAGGAAGGGGCAAAGCAUCUCCUCCAGCCCUGGCCGAGGGGGAAGGAGUACAGCACUGCCAUUGAAGGGAGCGAAAGCAAGGAAAAAAAAAAAAGAGACAGAGGAUGAUGGUGGCUGCAGGAGUCCUGCCAUCCAUCCCCUGGCCUUUUGGGCGCUGGAUUGGGUUGCUGCCCUUGCCUCCACCUGGGUCCCCUGCUUUGAGCUGCUCCUGGCCAGGGACAGGGCCACCGCUGGCCUUGGAACUGGGAGGGCGAUGGGGUGGGCUGGUAUUUUCCCUGUGGAGUGCCUGAGAAUACGCUGUUUCCACGCUGCGUGGUCACCAACGUCUUGACACAUCAGUGAGUGUGUGUGUGUGUGUGUGUGUGUGUUGCGGGGGGGGGGGGGGGUGUAUUUUGGGGGUCUCAUGGUUGCUCAAUGCGGUGUCCAGCUUCCAGUGCUCCCCCCUACCCCAAGUCCCACUUUGUGAUUUUGGCGACGGCUGCCCCCGUGCCCGGGGGGGGGUGUGUGUGUGAAGCGGGCAGGGGGGACAGCCCCACCACCCAGCAUCACCCCCCCCCCCCCCCAGGGUCCCCACCGGUGGUGGGGCGGCUCAGCCCACCCAGGGGGGACAUGGCAGGGAUGGGGCGCAGCCCUUGUGCCAAGUGGGAAACGCCGUGACCUUCGUGCACCCCACCGAGCUGCCCCCCCCCCUUUCCUCGCUCGCUUUCUCUAAUGCACGUUCGUGAAAGGGGCCCCUGACGCGCACACAUGUUGGGACGUUUCUUUUGUAAAGCUGAUCGUGAACAAUAAACGUGACGUUUUCUGUUCGA